GCGCCGCCGACUGACGCAACCGCGAGCCUCCAGAUCCUACGUAAUCCACCCACUUUUCGCUCUGCACUGUUUCAUUCACCACCGAGGCACCGGCUCCAGCUCCGUUGCCCUGGAGUCGCUGGAUUUCGUGGCUAGGGACGCAGGCCGAGCUCUUCUGUCUUCCUAGCCCCCUCUCUCCUCCUCCAUUGCCGCCAUGCCGCAUUUCAAGGUCAAGGCCGUCUAUGAUUACUCCUCCCCGCACGAGGACGACCUGAGCUUUUCUCAAGGACAGAUAAUCACCGUCACGGAGCAGGAAGAUGAGGAAUGGUACAUUGGCGAAUACACUGAUGGUGCUGGGGCAAAACAAGAGGGUCUUUUCCCUAAAAACUUCGUGGAAAAAUACGAGCCGGAGCCUCCUCCACGACCCAAUAGAGCUUCACGGCACAGGCCGCUAGAGGCGCCCGCAGCUCACACGGAGCCUCCGCCUCCAGAGGUUACCCGGGGGGUUGCGCCGGUUGAGGUGGAAGAGAAAAUCGAGGAACCGCCCCCUUCAAAACCACAAGCACCGCGCAUUGAGACUCCCGCGGCUGCAAAGUUUCCAGUGUCGCCAACAUCGGCCACCUUUGAGACAGGCCCGAAGUCUCCGGCCGUCUCACAGAAACCUCCACCCGCCCCGAAGCCGGCUCCUGCAGCUCCAGCUUCCUCGAAGUCUCCACCGCCGCCUGUUGCUGAGAAGCCAAGCUCGUUCCGGGAUCGCAUCGCUGCUUUCAAUAAAACUGCCGCUCCUCCAAUUGCUCCCUUCAAACCGGGCGGAGGUCCGCCAAGCUCUUUUAUUAAGAAGCCAUUCGUUGCGCCUCCACCGAGUCGAAAUGCCUACGUCCCGCCUGUCCGCAAUGACCCGCCGCCCAUGAAACAAUAUCGUCGAGAAGAGGACCCUGAGAUUGCGAAAGAAAUUGCGCAUAACCAGGAGGAUGCGGAGAAGGCCGGGCUAUCAGGCGCCCCGCCUCCAAUUCCCACAGAGGGUGAGGAUAUCCCGAAACCGACUAGCUUGAAGGAGCGUAUUGCCUUGCUACAGAAACAGCAGAUGGAGCAAGCUCAGCGCGCUGCACAGAAAGAAAAGCCGAGGCGGCCACCCACCAAGAAGCGGACCGAGUCACACGAGAGGAGCGUUCCCGUCGAGGGCGAAGGAGCAGAGCUCGAAAAAUUGCACAGCGGUGAAACGGCUGAACGGGGGUCAACAGAUAUUUCACGAGAGCAAGCUCGUCCUCCCCAACCCAGGAGGUCAUCACACGGUAUGAAGUCACCAGACAUCAUACCUCAGAACCGAGAGCUCUUUAGCGAUGCUAAUGAUGCAGACCAAUCUGGAGCAGGUGAUACUGAGGAUGCUGGAGCCACCUCUACGAGCGUCGAGGACGAAGACGAGAAACCGCGACAGCACGCUCCACAAAUACCGAUCAGGGCUCCGGCCGCACCGGCAGAGGAGCCUGAAGUCUGGGAUGAGGAGGGCGUAGCUAACGAAGACGAGGAGGAAGAAGAGGAGGAAGAGGAUGCUGAGGAUAGACGCAAGCGUGAACUUCGGGAACGUAUGGCAAAGAUGAGCGGUGGGAUGGGCAUGGCAGGCAUGUUUGGACCUCCUGGAGGUAUGCCAAUGGCUGGUGGUGGCUCAACGAAGAAGAAGAAGGCUCCGGCUCCUCCACGAAAGUCCACCGAUGAUACAGACGACCAGCCAGCUUACAGCCCACCGCCACGAAUGCCGAUGAUUCCUGUGCCUGGAAUGUCGUUGCCAGGAAAGACCGCAGUGAGAUCCCCAGAUUCCGAGGACACCGAGAUCGCUGUUGGAAAAGAAUACGAGGGCUCGCACCCGAUCACUGGUGCCCGAGCAUCAGAUGAGGUCCCAGAUGUUGAAGACGUGAAGCCUGUUCUUCAGAGAACCCAGACUGGGGAUCGCGGCGCUCCUCCACCGCUACCGCAACAACGUCCGGUGCCUCACCCUUCUUCAGCAACAGAACGUUCCGCGCCUCCUGUGCCGUUGUCAGCCCGACCUGUCCCUUCCCCCGCGCCGAUCCUGUCGGCAAGUCCUGGGUCUGAGUCCGACGAUGAGAUGCCCAGGAGUGAUGCCACUCCUUCAGGUUCUGUGAUAAGUCCCCAUCUUCCAUCGCAUCAUCAGCCCUCGAAACGAAACUCCUACUUCGCAUCAGAUGAGAUGUCGCAGGAUUCAUCUUCCACACCCCUACCUGAGAAGAGGGCCAGUCGAAUGCCGCCAAUUCCGCUGUCUAGCCCGACAAUGUCGUCGCCUAUACAGUCCCGUCCUCCCCCACCGCCCCCUCCUGGAGCACCGCCAUCUCGACAGUCAACAUUUGAUAACAUCACAAGACGGCCUACGGGUGGUGACCGGAGUGAAGGGGAGACGGAGUACGAAGGUGAUUAUGACACCGACAUUGCAUCUGGUGCAACUCACAAAGAAGCUCUAAAAUCACAUGCUAGAGAAGCAAGUUUGGAUGACAGUACAACUGCAGAUGACACUCCGCCUGCUAUCCGACCUCCGUCUCUAUCUGGGCCACCGCCUCUCCCUCCAACUGCAGCUCCCCGCGCCGUCCCACCGCCACCUCCAGCACAACACCCACCAAGUCGCAAGUCUCUCGAUGCCCCAAGUCGCAAGUCUCUCGACGCUCCAAGAGCAGCGCCGCCACCAAUCCCACCACCACGCGAUGGUCCGCUGGCCGAGAAUGACGAAGAUUAUGACCCAUAUAGGUACACCGCGCCACCUUCGAAUGCACCGCCCUCGCGGGCCAUUCCUCCUCCGCCGCCUCCAGGGAUGCCUCCUCCGCCAGCGAUACCAGCACCUAUGUCUCCGCAACAGGCUAAGGAUUCCUCGGACGACGAGCUAUACGCAGCUCCACCGCCGCGUAGAUCGACUGAUAGGGCCCCGCCGCCUCCACCACAAGCACCUCCGCAUCAGCCACGGACAUUGCCUCAUCAUGAUCGCCCAGUACCUCCUCCUCCUCCCGGGGAGCCAGCGCCAUCAAAUCGGCAUGUACCUCGAAAGUCACUCGACGUACCUCGACCAUCGAUGCAACAGGGACGCCCUUCAAUGGACCAGACCCGUCCAUCCGGCGACCACGGCUUCAUCGCAAGCGACCUCGACCUCGGCGCCUCCAGCCACUGGUGGACGCAGCCAAACGCGCCACCACCAUCCCUCCAAAACCGCAAAGACGUCCUCAUCGAGAUCGACGAAUCGCGCUCUGGCCCCGUCGUCGAAAAAGCCGUCUUCGUGCUCUACAUGGACUACUCCCAAACCAUCAUCACAGCGCGCUUCGACACCCAGAACGUCUCCGACGUCACCCUCGAGCAGCGCCACGACCCGCCCCCUGCCCGCCUCCGUCAGGACCAGCUCGAGGCCGCCCACGACCGCUUCGGCUCCCAAAUCGCUGCCAACAUCAUCAAAAUCCAAAACACGACCGUCGGCGACGGCACGCCCCAUGCGCUCAUUCUCGAGCUGCUGCGCCCGUACCCCACAGCGCUCAAACCAAUCGCGACGCGCGCGUACGGCGCACUUGUCUACGCGAACCUGGCGAAUGCGAGCACGCUGCAGUACGACGAGAUCCGGCCUGGGGAUAUCGUGACGUUCCGCAAUGCGAAGUUCCAGGGGAAGCAUGGGCCGAUGCACGCGAAGUACGCGAGUGAGGUGGGGAAGCCGGACCAUGUGGGGGUCGUGGUGGAUUGGGAUGGGACGAAGAAGAAGGUGCGGGCGUGGGAGCAGGGCAGGGAGAGCAAGAAGGUGAAGGUGGAGAGCUUUAAGCUGGGGGAUUUGCGGAGUGGCGAGUGUAGGGUUUGGAGGGUUAUGGGGAAGAGUUGGGUUGGGUGGGCGGGGGAGAAUUAG